AUGGAACACGAAGGCACAGAACUAGUGGAAGCUUAUGACUAUCUGUUCAAAUUCAUCGUGAUAGGUGAAGCAGGAACAGGGAAAUCAUGUUUACUAUAUCAUUGUAUACAUGAACAGUUCAAAGAGAAUUCGGCGCAUACUAUUGGAGUGGAAUUCUCAUCAAGAACGUUGAGGAUAGGAGAUAGGAAUAUAAAACUACAGUUAUGGGAUACAGCGGGUCAAGAGAGAUUCAGGAGUGUGACAAGAUCGUAUUAUCGUGGUGCAGCCGGCGCUAUACUCGUAUACGAUAUAACGUCACGGCAAUCGUUCGUUAAUCUAAGUAGGUGGUUGACAGAUUGCAAAGCACUUGCUUCGCCUCAUUUAGUGAUGGUACUGGUGGGAAACAAAUUGGAUAAGGAAGAGGAUAGGGAAGUCGAGUAUGCUGAAGGAUCAAGAUGGGCACAAGAGAAUGGUUUACUAUUUGUCGAGGUCUCAUCGUUGACAGGAACCAACGUAUCGACUCCGUUUUUAUUAGCUGGUCGAACGAUAUUAUCAGCUAUAGAUGCAGGUACAUUGGAUCCCGAUUCGGCUGGAACGGGAAUCAGUUACGGUGAGAGACAGUUAAGAGCUGUAGGAAGCAGUUCAAGGUUAUCAGCUGCGUUUGGAGGUAGUGUUAGGAAGAAAAAAAGGAGAGAUAGCGUUAGUCUGAAAGAUAUGGUAGGGGGUGGUCAGCGGUGUAGCUGUUGA